UUUUUUUGUUACUCCAGGAAGUAAAGCGAUGAAUUUCUUUUAUACCACUCUAAAGAGAAAACAAAUCCGUAUAGACUUGUAUGAUUCAUAAUUAACUAUUGUAAUCAUUACAUGCAAGGUACAGGUCACUAAAAGAAAGAACAUUUUAAAAUAAUCGCUCGGUCUGCUCAGAAAACCACAUUCCCGUACUACUCGCCUAAGUCGUAUAAUUGUUCUAGUUCUUUAAGGUUUUUUUUUCAUGUAUCGGUUUACCUUUGGUAUUAGAUAGUUGUAUGACCACCACACUGGAAGACUAAUUUCAUCUCCACCGUGUGAAAGUCCUAUGACUUUUGAAAACGUUUAAUUAAUAUAUUGAUUUAAUCUAUUAUGGAUGUAAGGCAUAAAAAACUACUUAGAAAGCAUAGACUUGAGUUGUCCAAUCAGCUGGUGGUUGGUGGCACCAUAAUUCAAUACUUGUAUCAAGAAGGUACUUUAACAGAAAGCCAUGUUGAGGAAAUACGUACACAGGACACCAAUAAGAAGAAAACUAUUAAGAUGUUAGACAUCCUUCCCACCAGGGGACCACGAGCGUUCGGUACAUUUUUAGAGUCCCUGAAGGAAGAAUUUCCAUGGAUAAGGGAAAAAUUGCAAGAGGAGGCACAAAACGAGGACAGUCAACCAGGCGCUGCAGAAAAGCAGAAGAUUUCAGAAAAAGUACUGAGCACUGUGCCUACUGAAAAGCAAUUAAACAAACUCUCUGUCAGACUAGGACCUGAGUGGGAGACUAUCUUGAUUGAACUUGGUUUGACUACUAAUGACAUCUACCGGUGCAAAGCCAAUCAUUCUUGUAACGUGCAGUCCCAGACCAUGGCCGCCUUCGUGAUGUGGAAACAAAGGUUUGGGAAACGAGCGACCGUGCAGUGCCUGCUCAGUAGCUUAGAGGCAGCAGAAAUAGACCCCUCUGUAAUGGAUGAUAUAUUUCAGUGAAGAAAUAACCGAAUUGCUGGAACUGAUUGAGGAUGAAGAUUUUGACAGUUUUCUGUCCAAAGAAGACCAAGCUGAUGGGUUUCUCUAAAGCAAACAAACAUUUCAUAUUAAUUUGGUAUUUAUCAUCAUAUGUUGCAAUAAUUAUUAAAUACGAUUCUAUCAGCCUUCAUGAAAACAGGGGAUGGGGGCUAUUCAAUUGAUCCAGUCCUGAGCUGUCCAACCUUCCCAUUAAUCCCACUAAUCUUUCACUACUUUAUGUUACCUGCAUAAGCAGUAUUACAUUAGCACUAACUUGGAUCUGUGACGCCAGUCAUUUGUUUACAAGUGUUGUGCCUGUCUCAAAAGUGUAUUCUUGUCUGAACAAAUCUGUAAAAUGGUGUAAACAGCGGUGGGUAUUUAGAUCUGCCACUAUUUUGAUCAAUUAGAUAGACCUUCGAGUGUUUGCUGUUGUCUCCUGGUGCUGUUUCAAAACAUGAGCUUGUGGUGAAGGAGACCUAUAUGAUUAGUCUGAACUGCAUUGUAAGUCUUAAAAACAGUAUAACAUUCUUAAGUGAACAUGAAGCAAUCCACCUUAAAUGGACAGACGUUCAACAUUCUCUACAGUAUUUAAACACCUUUAGCCAAACUGUGGUCUGCAUUUCAUUUGCAUUCCGAAAAUUCCUAUUUGUUGGAACUUUAAAAUAUAUGAACAUUGUCCAUUAGAAAUAAGAGAAUCAAGCUCCAUUUAACUUAUAUCAGGUAUAUCAGGUAUAGGGAAGAAAUUGGACAUGUUUUAAGGAAAUACAAGUUUUACAUUUCAUAUUUUGAUAAUAAGUGUUUCACAUGGAUCUACAAUUUUGAAGUGUAGGCUUGUUUGAUCUGAAUUAAAUCUUUGUGGGAAAGAACAGUCUAGUAGAAAUCUAGAGCGCACAAAGUAUAAUAUUGUUUUUCAAAUGUAUAGUUAGUAAAUUCAUUCGAUGUUGCUUGCAAAUUGUAUACACAGGUUAAAAAAACAAACAAAAAAACAUGUGUCAUGUUAGUAUAUAGUUGUGUUUUAACAUAGUUGCUUUCCCAACCAGUAACCAAUUUAUAAUAAAUCUCUGUCUAUUCAUCGGUUUUAGUAAAAUUCUUGGAAUAAUUGAAUGGAUCGCUUGGCAGAAUACCCAAGUAGAAUAUCCUGAGGAAGUGUUAUGACUUUGAGACUGGAGUAUAUUAAAUAAUUCACAUUGGCAAAGCAAGCCUCCAUGUUUACCCAAUAAUCUUUCAAGAGGUGACUGCAACCCCAUUUUACAGGAAUCCUAAGAGAAGUAACAGGUCGCUCAUUAACUCUUUCAGCGCUUUAAAUAAAAUCAAAAAUCGGUAAAGCUCGUUAAACGUCGAAUCCCCCAAAAAUAUGUGUUCGACUGAAAUAAAUUUCUAUAGGAUAAACGUCAGUUAAACCACUGGCUGUUUUUUUUUUCUUACCAAAAAUAAUAAUUUAAGAAAUCAUCUCUAGUCUGUGUAGUUUUUAAUACUUGCUGUCUGUAGGUCUCCGCGGCAGGACGAAGCGGGACAGUCUUCCUUACUCCAGUGAGUCCAGCUCUCUUUCAGUACUUAUUCUUGUUUAAAUGAACACAGUGGAGCAUCUCAAUAUCAUUGCCAUUGUAGAGGGAAAUACUCCACAAAGAGAUAUAGUACUGCCUUAACUGCAAAACUGCCUCAGAUAAAAAAUGCAAUCUGUAUCAACCUUUCCAAGGCCUUUGUUCUUGGAAACGAUUGCCUGCUUUUCUAGAAGCAUAGAUAUUAUUUUCCUUAUAAUCUGUGAACCAUCACCAAUUUCCUUGAAAGUGAGGGAAGGUGGAUAAUAUGAUUGAUACAUUAUCUCAUAAGAGGUACUGUCAAAGCCUCAUGUGCAUAGGAGAUUAACUUGGAUGCUAUACAAUAGCUAACAAAUUGUUCAUCAUGCGGGUAUUUGAAUUCUAAAAGUCCCAUUUUAGAAUUUCUUUUGUUCAUCAUAGAGAUUGAACUUUUCCACCAAAAUAAAUAAAAAAAAUUUUAAAAAAAACCUAUUCACGCUGUCUUCUCAGGACAAUUGAAUGGCCUUUGGCAAUGCUGCAGACCUCUUAAGAACACACUGUUCAUGCUGACUGUCCCAAAAAAAAACUGAAGCAGUUUUGUGAGCACAACAGCCCACUCCGGAACUAGAAGAAGAAUUGGGUCUGGUUGUGUAUGACAGUGCAAGCAUAAGAAAAUAACUACUUGUACAGAAUGUUUAAGAAAUGUAUUUAAUUAUAUCCUGAUGUAACUGUCAUUGACACUGUUAUCUGCUCCGGUAUUGAAUCCUAUUUUGUCGUAUACUUGUACUUGCUAGAACCGAUGUAAUUGUAUUUUAUCUUGCUCUUAAUUGUAUUAAUACUGUACUUGUACUGUGAUUCUUGAAAUGUAUUUUUGUUUACGACUGUAAGUCGCCCUGGAUAAGGGCGUCUGCUAAGAAAUAAAUAAUAAUAAACAAGAACAAAACUGAAUCAGCAUAUUGAGUUUGGAUCACAGCUGAAGAUUAGAAUCUGUUUAUUCAAUCAUUGGCAAUAUACUGAAUAUAGAAGAGUCGUGGGUGUAUCCAUCAUGUGAAAAAAAGAUACAGUGCCAUCUUUAUCCAAGAACGUUAUUUAUGCUGGCUUAAUCAUACUAAAAUAAAGAGUUUGGUUUA